AUGGCAUAUGCUCCAUCGCCGCACUUUUGGGUAACCCUCUUUCGCACACUGCUCAAUACUUUUGUCCAUUCCGCUGGGGGCGAUCCACUACUUGCACAAGCUCAUGCCAUCUGGCAAAAUGAACCUGCACGUACCGAUAAUUUAUUCCUGCUAGUGCCUAUUGCUUUCGGGAUCAUUCUGGACUUUCUAAUUCGGUAUAUUCUUGGGCAUGUCUUAAUGUCUAUAUUGAUACUCGAGAGCUUGGAUAAGCAAGCUACCAGCUAUGAUUCUGAACUUAGGCACAAAAGGCCUGGUCCAUCCAGCCGUCACCUAAUUCAAACCAUCGCCACUCUCUACCACAAGGGCAAUCUCCGUCUCCUCCUGAAUGGCAUUGGCCCUGCCUGUAGCUACUGGAUCAAGCAUUUGUGCGCGAGAAGUAUGUUGAAGACAGCAUUAUUCCUUCCUAGCCCGGUCGCAUAUAUCUUAGCCUCGGUCCUGCUCGCUGAAAAUCGAUUCUUGUGGACUGCGCGCACCAUACUUCCGUGCGACCAGCAGCCUUUUGUGCCGACCUCCCGCGAUCGCCAACGAUGGAAAGCCUUGGUGCCAGCAACCGCACUGCAUGCGGUCAUUGAAUCGUUCAUGAUGCAUUUGCCUGCCCUGUUUGACAGCGACCUCUCCCUGCCCACUGAAACAGAGAUCACGAAAGCGUAUUUGUCGGGUAUUGUUGGAUCUGACAUCUUAGUGUCAGGAGUCAUGCUCGCCGCACAGUUGCUGCUCCUGUUUCCUUCGUUUAUAGCGUUGAUUCUCGUUCAGGCCAGUCUGUUGCCGUCUGCUUGUGAGACAUUGAUCUCUGCGCCGGUGAACCAAGGGUGGCAGCAGCAGCAGCAGCAGCAGCAUCGUGCCAGACGGUUAGGGGAGAUUUUUUCGGUGUUUAAGAGAGGCCCGCUUCAGAUACAGGACGCGGUGAGGAUCAUCGGAGCGAGACAUGUGCUGUGGUGUUUGGAAUUGCACGGAAAGAUGUGCUUGUGUCUCGUUGAGGUUUCUGCUGUGGUACAUUUGGCGGUUUAUACUAUAAGGUAA